AUGUCGGCUUCUCCAUCCAACCUUCAAUCGACCAAGCGUCCUCUCGAGGACCCUUCGUCGCCCUCCGGCCCCAAUGACCAGCCUGAGGCCAAGCGCCCAGCGCUGGACAAAGUAGUCAAGAGCGAUGCCGAGGCGGAAACAGAUGUAUCCAGUAGCCAGGUUCCUGCUGUCGAAGAUGCCAAGGAUACCCAGGGAGAUACCGUGGUUCCCGAUGCGCCCAAUGGCAAGGGUCUCCCUGACGAGUCGAGCUGGGUUCAUAUUCGUGCUGUGAUCUCCAGCCCGGAGGCAGCCACCGUGAUUGGAAAGGGAGGUGAGAACGUGUCCCAGAUUCGUCGUCUGUCCGGUGCCAAGUGCACUGUCAGUGAUUAUUCUCGUGGUGCAGUGGAGCGUAUCCUGACCGUCAGCGGUCCCCAGGAUGCCGCUGCCAAGGCGUUUGGUUUAAUCAUCCGUACCCUUAACAAUGAACCCCUUGAGGCCCCUUCCACAGCCCAGUCCAAGACGUACCCUCUGCGUUUGCUAAUUCCUCACAUUCUAAUCGGAUCCAUCAUCGGCAAGGGUGGUAGCCGCAUUCGCGAGAUCCAGGAGGCCUCCGGCGCUCGCCUGAACGCCUCAGAUGCUUGUCUCCCUCUGUCCACCGAACGGUCCCUUGUCAUCCUCGGUGUUGCGGAUGCUGUCCACAUCGCUACCUACUAUGUCGCCGUCACCUUGGUCGAGCAGCUGUCUGAACGUUACGGCGGUCCCGCAGCUUCGGCAUAUGCCACUCGCAGCGGUGGUCCUGCCGGUGCUGUCCCGGGUGGUAUGCAGGUUGUGCCGUACGUUCCUCAACCCGCCGGUGGCCAAUAUGGCCACCCCGAGACCUUCAAGCGUCACCCUCACUCCAACCGUGCCGGUGCCGGUGCAUUCGGUGUUCCCUACCUGCCCGGUCAGCCAGCUCCUGCUCCUGUCCCUCAGACUCCGAUGCACUUCCCCGCCGCUCCCCAUGCUCCUUACGGCGGCGCAGGACCCCACCAGCCCGCUCCCUACGUUGGCGGUCCUCAGCAGCCGACUCCUGGCCGUGGACCUCCAACUGCCCCUGCUCCUGUGGGCGGCGCCAUGCCCGGUCAGCCACUGACUCAGCAGAUCUAUAUCCCCAACGACAUGGUUGGCGCCAUCAUCGGCAAGGGUGGUGCUAAAAUUAACGAGAUACGCCAUCUCAGCGGCAGUGUCAUCAAGAUCAACGAGCCCCAGGAGAGCAGCAACGAGCGUCUGGUUACUAUUACUGGUACCGCGGAGUGCAACCAGAUGGCUCUGUACAUGCUCUAUUCCCGACUUGGUUCGUAUUCCCCUUCCCAGGAUGAAGAUUCUUGUGCCCAGGUUCUAACGGAUGGACCAGAGAGUGAGAAACACCGGAUCUAA